AUGAAGAUACGGAAGUGUGACAUGCUGCUGCUGCAGUUCCUCCGACCACGUCGACUGAUGCGACUGCUGAUGUUCCUGUGUGGUCUGUUUGUCGGGACCAUGUACCUGACGGCGUCCCCUGCCCCACGGACCCACAAAAGGCCAACUCCGAGGCCUGGACUGAGAAUGGGGGACAGAGUGAGGUCGUCAAGCAAUGACGUGUUUGACCAACACAUGGGCGGCCAAGAAUGGAGCUCAAAGAAUUUUGGAAACUGGUCUAAUGAUCUAGAUGACAUCACGUAUCCACCAUUUGUUGCCAAGACUCCACCUCAUGGAAGAGGUGAGUAUGGCCGCCCAGUGACCGUCUUCCCAAACCACCUUUCAGCUGAAGCUAAGCAGAUGUUUGAUGAAGGCUACAAGAAACACAGCUUUAACCAGUUUGUUAGUGACAUCGUUUCCGUGACCCGUCGACUUCCGGAUCCAGGCCCACCGCAGUGUCGGUCACUGAGUCAUCAGAGCAGGCACAAGGCGAGUGUCAUCUUGUGUUUCCACAACGAGGCGUGGUCUACCCUGCUGCGCUCCGUGCACAGUAUCAUCAACCGUUCACCACCACACCUACUCCAGGAGAUUAUCCUCGUUGACGACGCCUCGGACCAAGAAUAUCUUGGUGCAGCCCUGGAGAAGUACAUGUCAGCGCUGGGCAUAGUGAAGAUACUUCGGACAGGUCAGCGGGAGGGGUUGAUAAGAGCAAGGUUGUUGGGCUACAAACACGCCACCGCCCCCGUCCUGGUCUUCCUCGACUCACACAUCGAAUGUUUCCCAGGUUGGCUUGAACCCCUGCUGGAUCGGAUUGCUGAGAACCCUUAUGCCGUUCCUUAUCCAACGAUAGAGUCUAUCAAGUCCGACACAUUGUCAGUCAAGCCCCGUGCUCCACUCAGCGUUGGGACAUUCUCCUGGUCAAAUCUCAUCUUCAGAUGGAUUGGGAUCCAUGAACUCCGUACCAAACCGUCCCGUUCUCCGACAGCACCCAUCAAAUCUGCCACAAUGCCUGGUGGGUUGUUUGCGAUAUCCCGGGACUAUUUUACACUGCUGGGGGCCUACGACCCAGGACUGGACUACUGGGGCGGAGAGAACAUCGAGCUGUCCUUCAAGGCGUGGAUGUGUAACGGCAGCGUGGAGCUGCUGCCCUGCUCACAUGUAGGUCACAUCUUCCGCCAUAACAACCCGAUCCACUGGCCCAUCCCUGGCAGUGUGAGGAGGAACGCUGCACGAGUGGCCGAGGUGUGGAUGGAUGACUAUAAGAAGUUCUUCUACGAGACUACUGGAUCUGACAAGGUUGUUGUUGGAGAUAUCUCGGAAAGACAAGAACUACGUCGGAGUCUACACUGCCACGACUUUGAAUGGUACUUGAAGAACGUGCUCCCGGAGCUACUAGUGCCCACAGACUGUCUGACUGUAGGAGAGAUUCGGAACGCUGCCUACAAUAACUGUUUAGACUCGAUGGGGCGACAGUCCAAGGUGCCGAGCAUGUACACGUGCCAAGGCGAGGGAUACAACCAGUUUUGGUGCAUGCAGGGCAAUGGCCAGAUCUGGAACUACCACCAACACCUGUACGUCAAGGACGGGAAUGUCUCCCUGAACCUGCGGCACGGAAUAAGCUGGACAUACACUCAGGCAGGCAAGAAGACCCUCGCCGUACUACCCUGUUCUGGGCACAGGUCCCAGGUGUGGACGCUCACGCCACGCCCUUCAUAG